GCCAGCCCGGGCCCGCGGGAUUGUUAGAUGGAACACGGCUCCAUCAUCACCCAGGCGCGGAGGGAAGACGCCCUGGUGCUCACCAAGCAAGGCCUGGUCUCCAAGUCCUCUCCUAAGAAGCCCCGUGGACGUAACAUCUUCAAGGCCCUUUUCUGCUGUUUUCGUGCCCAGCAUGUUGGCCAGUCAAGCUCCUCCACUGAGCUCGCUGCGUACAAGGAGGAAGCCAACACCAUUGCUAAGUCGGACCUGCUGCAAUGUCUCCAGUACCAAUUUUAUCAGAUCCCGGGGACCUGCCUGCUCCCAGAGGUGACAGAGGAAGAUCAGGGAAGGAUCUGUGUGGUCAUCGACCUGGAUGAAACCCUCGUGCACAGCUCCUUUAAGCCGAUCAACAACGCUGACUUCAUAGUGCCUGUGGAGAUUGAGGGGACCAUGCACCAGGUGUACGUGCUCAAGAGGCCUUAUGUGGAUGAGUUCCUGAGACGGAUGGGGGAACUCUUCGAGUGUGUUCUCUUCACUGCCAGCCUGGCCAAGUAUGCCGACCCCGUGACAGAUCUGCUGGACCGCUGCGGGGUGUUCCGGGCCCGCCUGUUCCGGGAGUCCUGUGUGUUUCACCAAGGCUGCUACGUCAAGGACCUUAGCCGUCUGGGCAGGGACCUGAGGAAGACGCUCAUCCUGGACAACUCGCCUGCUUCGUACAUUUUCCACCCGGAGAAUGCAGUGCCUGUGCAGUCCUGGUUUGAUGACAUGGCAGAUACUGAGUUGCUGAACCUGAUCCCAAUCUUUGAGGAGUUGAGCGGAGCAGAUGAUGUCUACACCAGCCUCGGGCAGCUGCGGGCCCCUUAGCCUUCCCUGCUUCCAAGCAAUGGCCAUCCCAGUACGGGACGUUUCUACACUGUGCCUUUAUGACUAGCCUGGCAGAGCAGAAGCUAGCGCACCCCACUUGAGGGCCUGGAGUUAGUGGGAAGUGACUGGAAAAGAGCCUUAGGACAGGUCAGAUGCCCAGUGGGCGAACGCCAGACCAACGAUACCCAACGCUGCCUGCCCGAGUUGCCGGGUUCCCGAGACGUGUGUGUGAGAGUGUGUAUGUGUUGCCGUGAACUGUGGCCCCGGCAUAGUGUUUCAGCAGGGGAUAAGCUGGAAGGUCGACUGCCCAAGUUCAUCUGUCACCCAAAGAGCCACUGAGCUCUACGGGGAUGAAGACUGUCAAAGGCUCAUUGCCAAACUACGGCCUUUUCUCAGUGUUAAGGCCUGUGCCAAGGGGUCAGGGGCGGCCUCUGGAUACCCAGGCGCACCCUUUCUGAAAUCAUUCUCCAGCCAGCCGCUGCAGACAAAAAGGUGACAUUUCUGGGAAGACGACAACUCGUGUCCAGACCAGUCCCCAGGGGCCACCAGGUCCUGUGGCCCAGAGGCUGCACUUACCUCCAGCUGUGUGCCUGCAUGGGCCCUUUCUGUGUCUCCCCAGGGCUGGGGGCUGGGCUUGCCUUCCUCACUAUCCAGCCAUAGUCUUGAGCCUCUGGGGAAGACGGUCUCCUCCCUGCCCUGGAAGACGGCAGAUAACUGAUUUCCGUUCUCUUGACCCUGUUUUAAAAUUCUCUUUCUAAACA